AUGUUAGUUGAAGACUCAUUUGUUGAUGUUAAAACCAGCAAUGGUACCACAAUGAGAAUAUUUUAUUUUCAUCCAAAAAUUCCAAGUUACCCAAAUGUAAAGUUUCCAGGUGUUGUUGAAAUUUAUCAGGUUUCUGGUCCAAUUAAAAGAGCUGCGAGAGAUAUCGCCUCAAAUGGUUACAUCGUUGCCUGUCCAUCAAUCUAUCAUGAUUUUGAAGGCCCAGAAGCUUUGGAAUAUGAUGACGAAGGAACUGACAGAGGUAACAGGUACAAAAUUGAAAAAGAAUUAAAAUCAUAUGACGAAGAUAUAAAAUUAUCAAUAGAUUUCUUACUCGGAUUAAAAACUUGCAACGGCAGUGUUGGAUCAACUGGUUUCUGCAUUGGGGGAGCUCUUGCAUAUAGGUCUGCUGUUGUUGACUCAAGAAUCAAAGCCGCUUGUUGUUUUUUCCCAACGGACAUACACAUACAUGGACUCGGAAAGGGCAAGAAUGAUGACUCUUUGAAAAGAUGUGGAGAGAUUAAAGGGGAAAUUAUUAUGAUUUUUGGAGAUAAAGACAAUCAUGUUCCAUUAGAAGGUAGAGAUCUUAUAAGACAAGAAAUGAGGAAGAACAAAGUUCAAAUGACUUUUAUUGAAGUCAAUGAGGCCCAGCAUGCUUUUAUAAGGGAUGAAAAUAGUAAAGGUAGAUAUGAUUCAGCCUUAACCAAAUUAUGUUUUGAAUGGAUGUUGGAAUUAUUUAAUCGUAGAUUAAAAUUGGAUUAUGGUGAUCAUGAUGGUAAAGAAGUAAUUAUUGAAGAUGUUUGUUAG